AUGUCGCCCCCCGACAUCGCUGCGAUCCUCGCGUCCAUGCACAUCCCCGCCCGCCCGCCGCUGCGCCUCCCGAACGAGCUCCUCGAGCACGUCCUCACACUCGUCUGGUGCGCGCUCCCGCCCUCGCCCGCCCCGCCCCCGUGCUCCUCUCUCCUCGCCCGCCCCGCAAAGUCCGUCCGCUGGACGACGCACGCCGCGCUCGCGAGCGUCGACCGCCAGUGGCGCGCCACGAUGCGCCGCGUCCGCCUCCGCCACGUGCACCUCGCCGCCUGCUGCGACCUCGCCGCGUACACCCGGCUCCGCCCCGCCGCCGACGACGACGACGACGACGAGACCGCGCUGCUCGCGCACGGCCGGCUCACCGUGCUCUUCGCGCGCGCGCCCGAAAACGCGCCCGCGCUCGCGCCGGCGGCCGUCGCCGCGCUCGUCCCCGCGCCCGCGCACGUCGACGCCGCGGGCGACCCCGCGCGCAUACAGGCGCUCCUCGCGCGCUACCCGCGCCUGCGGUCCCUCGCGCUGCACGCCCCGCUGGCGCCCCGCGCGCGCUUCCCCAGCGUGCGCGCGCUGACGCUCCUCUACGCCCCGCCCGCGCCCGCGGACCUCGCCGCCUUCCCGGCGCUGGCGCGCCUCCGCUUGCUCCGCGUCCCAAAGGCCAGCGCCGCGUUCCCGCCUGCGACGCAGUCCGGGGAGGAUGGGAAGGAGAAGACGCGCGGGGCGUGUAGGGAGCCUGCCGUGGGGAGCGCGUGGGAGAGGGAGGUGCGGGCCGGUGUCGUCGUCGAGAGGAUGUGA